AGCACCUGUACAUUACUUCAUUUACUAUAUUACCCUCGUGAACAUCUUGAGUUCUUGGCUACCCAGAAAAUCAUAUCUGGGGUUUUAGUUUCUGUUUGUUUCUCCUCCAAUAUCUCCAUACACACUCUCUCUUGUCUCUACGCUACCGAUUUGAUUGGGCAAUGGCGAGCACUGGAAAUUCUAUGCUGCUCUCCUUUCUUAUGUUCACUGUGGUACUCUCACUUGAAGUAAUAUAUCGAGGGAAGCUAGCAUCGUCGGAGUUAUUCACUAUUCUUGGAGGGUUCAUUAGUUCCUUACUGUUCCUUUUCUUCUUCAUUUUCAUUGCUAAUUUCCAGGAGUCCUCUGGCACCAAAACUGGAUGGGGAGCUGUUAUAUUUGCUGAAGUAGUUGCUCUUGUUGUUGCCGGUACUGUCCACCGAGUGUGUAUCACAACAUGCUUCUUGUUCUCUGUUGGAUUGUUGUACGAGGUCAAUAAGCUUUCAACUAUGGUGCAAUCUAAAACCGAAGUAAAAUCCAAGAGACACUGAGCAACCACUUCAAUUCGCCAACGCCUGCAACAAUGGCAAGGUUUUAUACUAAGCUUUAAAAACCCUUACAUUUAGUUUAGGAUUUUCGGGUGUCAACAAAAUUGUAGAAGCCGUUCUUGCUUUUCUCGUGGUAAUCCUUUAUGUUGAUUAGAUAUGCCUUUUACGGCUCACUCCUCGCUAUAAAGUGGGAAGUUUGAGCCCUCAUGUAGACGACCGAGGCAUGGACAACAAGGUGAGGAAAACGAAGGCAGAAUAUAUUUAGAUCUUGAAGCUACUCAUCUAAAAAAAUGUUACAAAACAUGUUUGGAUUUUUUAUGGUUGAUGACUUUACACUACAAGUGCAACUUAUGAGUGAUAUAGUGCCUUUACUCAAAGGGCACAUUCGGUGUC